UCCUCGCCUCCCGAGCCACAUCGUUCCGAUCGCCACCGCCGGAGAACCCAAGAAUUGCCCGUGAGGUCGGGCUUGCCGCCGAACCUUCGUGGCGACGCUAUUCACCUGGUAGAGAUCGGAAGCCAUUCAUUGUUUGAUCCCUUAUCUGAUGGCAAACGAGUGUAAAGGAAUCUAGCGAUCGUAUCAUCUUUUGGUUCGGACCUGAGCGGUCGUCUUCCUCGAUGAGUCCUCGUUCGUGAUCUUGGUCGUUUUUCUUCCGACUCGUAGACGCUUCUUUCCGGUGCCUGAUCUUGUCAUCGAUCUCCGAUUCAGCCGAUUUGGUGUUCGGGGUGUUGCAGUGUCACUAAUUUCCGGGCUUGAAUCAAGGAAGAGAAGUGGUGGUUUGGAUUUUGGUGUAAUCAUGCCGUUUCCGACGAAGAUCCAGCCGAUCGACGUGAGAGGGUUAGUGCGGAGCGAUCAGGCAAAACCCGUGCCCAAAUCGCGGCUGAAGCGGCUUUUCGAGCGACAAUUCCCCGGCGUCCUGCGAAUCUCGUCAGUGGAACGGCUGGAUCUGGAGCCGAGCUCCGUCUGCCUCGACAAGAUGGUCCGCAGCUUCAUGGAGGACAACAACGGGGAGAAGCCCUCUUCCCGAUGUGGUCACAGCCGCUGUAACUGCUUUCACGGCCACUGUGACGACAGCUCCGACGACGACCUCGACUUUAUCUCCUCCUCCAACAGCGGCGACGCUCCGAUCGUCUCCGCCGCCGAAGUCAUCAAGGGUUUGGUGGUUUGCACGACCAUCUCGGAGAGGAAUCUCCUUGCCGAUGCGUCCACCGUCGUGGAGAGGAACAAGAAUUUCAAGAGAAAGAACGAGCAUAUGAAGGCCGUCACCGAUGGACUCCGAUCGCUCGGCUACGACGCCUCCCUGUGCAAGUCGCGGUGGGAGAAGACCGCCUCCAUCCCGGCCGGCGAACAUGAGUACAUCGACGUCAUCAUCGUCGGCGAGCGGCUGCUGUUGGACGUGGACUUCAGGUCGGAGUUCCAGAUCGCGCGGUCGACGAAGAGCUACGCCGCCGUGCUCCAGUCCCUGCCGUCCGUCUUCGUCGGGAAGGAGGACCGAGUCAGCCAGAUCGUCGCAGUGGUCUCGGAGGCUGCACGGCUGAGCCUGAGAAAGAAGGGCCUCUACUUCCCUCCGUGGCGGAAGCCGGAGUACAUCCGCUCCAAAUGGCUCGCUCCCUACGAGCGAUCGACUACCCCGGCGGACGAUGAGCAAGCAGCGGAAGCAGUGGAAGAGACUCGCGCGUCGGAAGAGAAGGCCAAGACCGAGAACCCACGCGGCGACGCUUCAACGACUGACGAACCCGGCGAAGCAGAGGGGAAGAGCGCGGUGGUGACGGACCCCACGCAACCAACGGAGGCACUAAAAGAGACUGGCGCAUUGGAAGAGAAAGCCCAGACCGAGAACUCGAGCGGCGACGCCUUCCCAUCGACCGACGAACCCAUAGAGGCAGCAGAGGGGAAGAGCACGGUGGCGGCCGCGUCGGCGCCACCGACGUGGGAGCUGCCGGAAGUGAAGCCCAGGACGCCGCACAAGGGAGCGAAGGUGGUCACCGGCUUGGCUUCCGUCCUUUCCGAAAACCCCUCCUGGAACGGAUCGCAAAGCUUCUCUGCCGGCGUCGGUCCCUGAAAGCGAAACAUCGAGCAACAGGAGGGCGAUACCCUACCAAAAAUAAAGGUUAUGCUCCUUACGCUCCUCUUUUAUAAGCGAAUGCUAUUCUCCCGAUAUGAUCGGUUUCUUCUUUUUUAUGCUCUUAUCCGCUACAUGCAUUCAAACACAAGUUGGACGGGGCGACGGGGGAUGACGACGGCAUGCUCGUGUUCGGCGUGAUUGAGACGACGGACCCACAGGAGCCGCGUGAGGUACCUCCUUUUUUUUUUCCCUGAACUGACUAAACUACCCCAACGUCUCGAACUUUCCGGGGGGCAUACCCCGGGGGGCCGCGCGCUUGGGGGUAAUUUAGGGACUCCACCCUUCCCAACUAUGACGUCGACAGCGCAGAUUAACAUGUCGCGUUGUGUUGGACGCUAACGUGGGCCAGUCUUAUCCUGUUCUUCUCGUGAUCCUCGUACCGAAGCAUCCCGUUAACGGCGUCAAGGUCCCAUCGACCGAGGGGAGUACUCAUUUCCACGGAGUCAUUAUUAUAAUGAAGGGAUGGUACCACGAUGCGUGCCCUUCCUCCCGUCUCUUUCGCCGGUGCUUUGAUCGUGAUCGUCCUACUCUCCUCCUCACAGCCACAAUCAUUGGGCCCCUCUCUCUCUCUCUCUCUCCCCUCUCUCAAGUCACCGACCGAUCCUAACCAUCAGUCCUCUCGGUCUCAUGACAUCAAGCCAUGAUUUCGAAUGCCCUCUUCCUUACCCCAGGCGUCCCAGGAGCUACUGAACAAGAAGCAAAAGCAGCAGGUAGUCAUCAACAGAAUCAAUGCCUUUUCCGUCUCAUCCAUCCAUCCAUCCAUCCAUCCCUCUGGUUCUGCAAUUUGUCAUGUAAGGAGCCAUGGGAAGCACAUCAACAUCUCCGAAUGAGAAACCGACACCUGGGUAGUGAAGCCCUUUGUGGGUCAGCUGUCGGCCCGCGAUUCGCUCCCCGGAGUACUGCUGAAGAAAAGGAGACCCGGGCCUACUCUAUCCUGUACACCACACACAUUCGAAUAAGCGGCGACGUGGCGCGUGAACAUUGGUCGGAUCAUCCGCUGCUGGCCACAUGACCACAUUGGAACACAAUGUCUGUGGGUCUGCGGCCAUUAUUUCUCUUUUCGGAUCCGCUGUCUCGGUCAGAACCGGGAACACGAUUCACCUUCUCGAACAAAAGCUGGGACGGUGGGGCCGACAGUCCACGGAAGCGGAGAGCCCUGUUCCCACACCCGAGAGAGCGCCACUCGUGCAACGAAUCGAGGUGCACCCUAAGUCGCGUCGUGUUCCAUUAAAUUCGGUCACCGACUCCUUUUCAGGCCCAGUUUUUGUACCCACCCAUCUGAAACUACAGUGCGGUGGCUACCUGAGCGAUUUGUCCUCUUCGGAUGCAUGACAUAUGUAGGACGUACCUGUGCAUGUGCUCAUGAUUUCACGUAGCCCUGCGUCCGGUCGUCCCACCUUCGACGAUUUAACGUUUCACGUUGCUGCAUUGGAUGAGGGUAAGCGGAUUUAAUGCAGCUCUUUUGUCUUGCACCGCUAAAAGCUGCAAAGACGGUCGAACAACCUGACGCAGUUGGGCGUCGAAGGAAUCGUAUACCUUUUAUCA